GAUGGUGGCGUCGGCGUCGGCGUCGUCGGUGACGGCGGCAGCAGCGGCGGCGGCGGUGGCGGUGGCGCUGGCAGUGAUAACCGCGGCGGCCGACAGACUACGAUGCGCCCGGCUCCCGGCCGCAGGCAACAAGUGCCCCGUCAAGUCCGACCCUGAAUACAGAUCCCACGCGUAUAUUGCUGUUGCUGCUGCUAGGACACCAACGUGACCACAAUAAAACUUAGAAAAAUGAGCGUCGACUGCGUUUACACCAGUGCAGUGACGUUGCUGCUGUGCUGUUCGGCUGUCCUGGGCCGGCCGUCGUCUAAUGGCGGAGCGGACGGUGGCGGUGGUGGCGGCGGCGGAGGUGGUGCCGGAGCCGGUGGAAGCGGUGGAGGUGGCGGUGGUGGUGGCGGUGGGUCGGGGGUAGACGACACCGACGAGAGCCCGGUGGUGGUGACCAGCUCUGGCAUGGUGCAGGGGUACACGAAAAUCAUUGCGAACCGCGAGGUGCGGGUGUACACGGGCAUACCGUUCGCCAAGCCGCCGGUAGGCCCGCUCAGGUUCCGGCGCCCGGUGGCCGUCGAUCCGUGGACAGGCGUGCUGAACGCCACCAGGCUACCGAACACUUGUUACCAGGAGCGGUACGAGUACUUUCCCGGGUUCGUUGGCGAGGAGAUGUGGAACCCGAAUACCAAGCUCUCCGAGGACUGCCUGUACCUGAACAUCUGGAUACCGAAGAAGCAACGCACCAGGCAUCAUUCGAACAAUGCGCAUCACGCCAAGAUACCGGUUCUGGUUUGGAUAUACGGGGGAGGUUACAUGUCCGGUACUUCGACACUGGACAUCUACGACGGCGAUCUGCUGGCGGCCACGUUCGACGUGAUGAUCGCCUCCAUGCAGUACAGGCUCGGGGCAUUUGGUUCGUUGUAUUUAACGCCCGAGCUGCCAGAGGAUAGCGACGACGCCCCUGGCAAUAUGGGAUUAUGGGAUCAGGCGCUGGCUAUCAAGUGGAUCAAAGAAAACGCGGCGGCUUUCGGCGCUGAUCCUGAGACAAUUACGUUGUUCGGCGAAUCGGCUGGUGGUGGAUCAGUGAGCGUGCACUUAAUUUCGCCGGAGACAAGGGGAAUGGUGAGACGCGGGAUCAUACAGUCUGGCACCGUGAACGCACCUUGGAGCUACAUGACUGGCGAACGGGCAGUAGACAUAGCAAAGAAGUUGUUGGACGAUUGCAAUUGCAAUUCGACGACGUUGGAUAGCAACCCGAUUGCCACCAUGUCGUGCAUGAGAGCUGUUGACGCAAGUACCAUAUCCAAAAAGCAGUGGAACAGCUAUUCCGGUAUUUUGGGUUUCCCGUCUGCGCCCACCGUGGACGGCGUUCUCCUUCCGGAACACCCGCUGGACAUGUUGGCUAAGGCCAACUUUUCGGACAUCGACAUACUCAUUGGAAGCAAUCUGAACGAAGGAACAUAUUUUUUGCUGUACGAUUUUGUCGAUUUCUUCGACCGGACAUCAGCCACCGCAUUGCCCAAGGAAAAAUUUGUGCAAAUAGUCAACGUGAUAUUCAAAGACAGAACGCAGCUGGAAAGAGACGCCAUUAUAUAUCAGUAUUCGGGAUGGGAAAAAAAAGACGUGGACGACAAAUAUUCCAACCAAAAACAAUUGAGCGACGUGGUUGCAGAUUAUUUCUUUGUAUGUCCAACCAACCUGUUUGCCAACAUCGUAUCAAGUCGUGGAGCUCGGGUGUACUACUAUUUCUUUACUCACAGGACAGACUCACACUUGUGGGGUGAUUGGAUGGGCGUGUUGCACGGUGAUGAGAUGCAAUACGUGUUUGGCCAUCCGUUGAACAUGUCGAUGCCGUACAACGCCAGGGAAAGAGACUUGAGCAUACGAAUCAUGGAAGCGUUCACCAGAUUUUCGUUGACCGGAACACCUGUCUCAGAUGACAUAGAUUGGCCACUAUAUAAUGAAUCAAACCCGAUAUAUCAUGUUUGGAAUGCUGCUGAAUUGCACGUAGGUUACGGACCUAGAGCAGCUGAAUGCCAGUUUUGGAACGGAUUUUUCCCGAAAAUCGCCCAAGCCUUGAAAGAAACUAGUAAAAUUACUUGUGAAGAUUAUCCAGACUCGAUGCCAACUACCAACGAAAAUUGUACGUUCACGUCAUCGUUUGCUUCUAUCAAUCCUCAAAUUUCCUUCGCCAUAAUAUUCAUCUUCGUUCUACCGGCACAUGGAUUGUUAUAAAUGAAAAAAUAAAAACGUCAACAAUUUAAACAUAUCAAAACAAACCAACAAAAAAAAAACAAAAUAACGAGAAGUUGAAAACAUUUUACGGCCAAUAAGGGUGCUUGUGGCUCGGGACGUCGACAUCGGCACCGGUAUAUGCUGCAAAAUCAAAACUUACAUAUCAGAAACGCGCAUAUCAUUAAAUACGUAGACACAACCUAAUGGAAUCUGAAACGUGAUACAAGUGUUAGGAUCAACGAGAGUUGUCGAGUGUUAAUUAGAGUAUAUAAUAAUAAUAAUAAUAAUAAUAAUAAUAAUAAUAAUAAUAAUAAUAAUAAUAAUGAUAUAAUAAUACUAAUGUUAAAAAUAAUAUAAUAAUCAUUUUAACCAUAAAAAAAAAUACUAAAAAUAACGAUAUAAAACGCUUGUUAUCCGUUUCAAAUAAAUGCGGAAAGGACACUGUUUUUUACGUAAGAAACCCACGUAUAUUACCGUAUAUUAUAUUAAUAUAUUAUAUAUAUAUGAUAUAUAAAUUAAAAUAUAGGUAUUUAGUGUCUUCUAGUCAAAUUGUCCGUAUAAAUGUAUAAUAAUAUAUCAUAUAAGUAGUAUAGAGGCAGUAUAUUAAUGUAUCACAGCACGUUCUUUAAACUCGAGUCCAUUUCGUCCAAUUACACUGGGAUCACAAUAUCAACAUGCAGACAAUCUUAGCUCUUUAAUAUUGAUGAUAAUAAUAUCAACUAUAAGUAAACUUUUUAAUAUAGCUCAAUUACAUUUAUGUGUACGUGUGUAAAACGGCUUGAGAAAAUGAAUCUUUUUGUACAAUCUAGAUAGUAUAUGUAUCGUAUCUCUUAAAGGAUCUAAAGAUAGAUUAUUUAUGAUGAUCGUUUUUUUCAUAUUUUUAUACCCAAAAAAAAAAGAAAAUGAGAAAAAAUCAAGAACUUUUUAGAAAUGCUGUAAUAACAAUCGAAAUUUAUCAUUAUCGUUUUAAUUAUCAAAAUCUAUAAUAAUAUUAUAAUAAUUAAUCAAACAAAAAAAAACUGUUGCCAAACGAGUACAAAGCCAACGCAUUCGUGGGUCGACAUUGAACGGCUUUGCGAUUAUAUGUUGUAAAUCAGUUUUUAUUUAAUCAGACGAUGUUAAGGAUGAUGUAGGUAUAGAGAUUUCAUUUUUGAAAAAUAUUGUGUAUACUAUUUUAUUACUUUUUGAGAGAAAACUUUUUGAGGCUCACUCCUCUGUUGCAUAUUAAUAUGUUAAGUAUAUAUUAUUAUGUAACAAGUAAAUAUUUUGUUUUUAGACAGUAAAGAUAUCAUCGUCGUUGGUCAUUCUUAUAACAAAAAAUAAAUGAGCUUUCAGCUUUUUUCUAUAUAUUAUCAUAUACAUAUCACAUAAUUUAAUUUUAUAAUAAUUCAGCAGUAUACAAGCAGUUCUCGUCAAACAAUAUUUAUUAAUACGAUAAGAGGAGCAAUAUUGUUUCAUGCAUUACUAUUUCAAAAUAUCAACAAAAUCAUUUUUUUUCUUUUAUAUAAAUACGUACCAUUUAUCAAUACUCAAUAAUCAUGUACUGGUAUGAAAGUCACAUAAUAGAAUAUUUAAUUAAAUUUGAUAGGUACUUGGAAAUCAAAUUUAUCUUAUCAUCCAACCAAUAUUUUGUUUCUAAAAAGAUGUAACUACCUGAAUGAUAAUAUUUUUUAUAAUCUCAAAAGUUAUAUAGAAAAAAAUCUUCAGCCGUCAUAAUUUCUUUAUUUUUUUUUCUUUAUUGAUUAAGCAUCAACUACACAGGUUAUUAGCUUACAAGUAAUUCCAUUAUUAUUUCGCACCAAAAACCUUAAUAAGAAUCGUCCCUUGGAUUUUAAUUUUUUUUUAAACUGAAAAUAUGAUAGUUACCCCCUUUAGUUCGAGAUGGUAUGAAUACUUGUGAUAUAAAUUGUAAACAAUUAAUAGUUAUGAACCUAGUAAUCCUAAAAAUUUCAUACUUUUGGUUAGUCAUCUUCUGAUAGAAAACAUGUUUUUUUUUAAAAGGUGUAAUGCUCCUCUUUCACGCUAUUAGGAACUAACUUAAUCAUAUCAUAAUCACUGAGGUAAAACUUUGUCACAGAACUAUUUUAGUACAUCCAUUUUUGCUCAUGCAACAUAUUAUACUGUCGUUGGCUAAACAAAACACGUAUUAAACAUAAAAUAUAUUUUUAAAGAACGCGCAUUAUAUUUAAAAAAAAAUCUAUAUUGUUAAGUAUAAAAAAAAAAUUAAAAACUUAUGGUUACCUAUCUAGAAAAUAAGUUGAAUGUUUAGCUUUAAGAGAUAGAUUUAAGUAAAGUUAUAUAAUGAUGCCUAAAAUAUUUAUUUAUAAACAAUAUUGCUAAACUAUUGCUACGCUCUAAAUGGCCUACUGUAAUUUUACAAAAGAAAAUAUUUAUAUCUGCCUGUCAAUUCCGUUACAUAUUAGCGUUUACAUAAAUAUAUAUUUAUAUUUAUAUACUUUUUUUUAUAUAUAGUGGACGGGCUAAUUUGAUAAAUAUUGAUUUUCUUACGCAGACUGCACACCCACCUAGGCACUGUCUUGUAGCCGAUAGUUAAGGCAAAACAAAUCGUAUGUGUAUUUUAUGUCAAUUAACCAGACUGCGAUUUUAGACGAAUAAUAAAAUAAUAUUUAAAAAUCCAAAAAAAAAACUUAAAUAAUGAUAUAAAUUAUAAUAAUAACGACAUAUCAAUAUUAUAUUAAUGAUAAUGUUAAUAAUAUUAAGUAUAAUUUUACCGCUUAGAAAAUAGAAUGUUUAUUUUCGUUUGGCCGCCUUCCGUUGUAUAACUAUAUUGUAAUGUCGCUCUAACGAAUAUUAGAUAUAUUUAAAGAACAUAAAAACCAUAAAAACAUCACCGAGUGUUUGAAAACCUAUAUUAUUAAGGUUAGUAUACCUUAAUAAAUAUAAUAAUAUAAAUAGGAUAAUUAAAUUAAUUAUUGUUGUAAACCUUGUAACGUCACGUGGUGUUAAACUUAGGCCUAUUUUUGUACACAAUAUAACUAUUGAAUAUAUUUAUACAGUAGAUACCUUUAUAAUAAUUAGUUAUUAUAAAACUCUGACCGGCUUCAUUAUACAUGAAAUAGAUAGUAAUAAUAUACCUAUAAUACUGUACGCGAUGACAUACCGUAAUAAUAAUUCUAUUUGGUUAUUGACUAUAUGUUGUAUAAAUUACGUACUUCGAUGUUCUUUUUAUAAUUUAAAAUGUUUUUAAUUUAUUAGCAAAGCAAACACAACAAAUACCUAUAGGUAUAAAGGUAUAUAUAACAUUUCGCAAUAUUAUGUCGGUAACUACUUUUAUCGUAUUACAUAUCAUAUAUACGUAUAAUACAUAAUAUAUUAUAUAUAUAAUAAUAAUAUUAAAAUAAUCGUAACAUAUCAAAAACUAUUACGCAUGCAUAUCGUUAAUUUAUAGAAUUAUUCGUAUUAAUUACAAUAUUGUUAGGUAUAUGAUUUGUCUAAAACAGUUUUUGUCCGACAAACGCGUAUCUAUUUAUAUUCAUCCUUGUAGACGCAGAUACAUCGUAUUGAAAUAAACUUAUAAAUCGUAUUAAACGAGUGUGUGUUCAUAAC